CUUUAUUUGAUUUGUGCUUCUAAAUUCAACAGAAACGGUAAUCGUUUUAUACCGGGUCUAGCAUCGAAAUAAAGUAGCUGUAUUUCUUCAGACAAUCAGUAGUAGCACACUUGUAAUGUGAUUAGGCAAAUGAUAAAACCUUGUUCAGGUUUCUUUAUGUUAAGACAGCCAUGUGAACCUUGGCGUAUGCACAAUACAGCCACGUAGCAGACCACCCGGGAUGGCAUCGUUCCUUCUCUUCACUGCCACCGAAGCCUUUAUCAUGGCACUUAUUAUCACCAUUCACGCACCUUAUCUGUUGUCUUGUAACCAAUAGAUUCAUGCAGCUCCCUUUUCUGUUAGUGGGAUUACUCUAUUUCACAAAUCAAUUGCUUGGGAUGGAAAGUAUGCUAGUUUAAGGCUCCACCACUGUUUCUAUAGUGGGAAGUUUGAGCGAAAUUAGGGGUGGGGGAUGUAAAUAGAGAAAAAACAAGUCAACGACGGAUAACAAUUAGUUUAAAUUCAAUAAUUAUUUUUUACAAAAAUACUUAAAAAAAUAUAAAUAGUUUCUAAAUAAGGUUUGUUAUAUUUUAUGUUGUUCUUAUAUUGUUUAGAGCAAAUUAAAUUCUUCUCUACGUUUUCCCCCCUGAUUCAAAUCUAUAAGCAAUGGUCUGUUGCUAAUAUUUGGCAGGUGAUGAAAUGUCAGUUCCCUUUUAUGCUUCAACCAGGUUAAAAUGAUGUAAUCAGGACUACGAUUAAAUGCUUGCUGGCUUAAUCUUUUUGGGUCUGUUUGGAUGUCAAUGACGCAAUUUUUUUUUUAAUUUUUUUUUCUUUUUGUUUGUUUAAAGAAUAAAAAUUUCUCGAAACGCAUCGAUUUACCGUUUACCGCAUUUUUCUUUAUUGGUGCUGGGGUGUGUUAAGUUCAGUCAAGGAGUUUGGUUUUGUUUGCCAUUUUUUGUUGCUACGCACUCGUUGAAUCUUUGAGCUUUUCUACGAGCUUUCUACCUAACAAAUCAAGAAGGAAAAGGGGAACAAAAAACCUUCAAAUUGGGACAUCUGUGUCCUUGUCUAUCGAGAACCAAGAAAGUGGGCCACUGGACUGAAUCAGCUGAAUUAUUUCAGCAUGUCUAGGAAAAUUCCAGGAAGUUUCUUGUAGUUGCACGUCGUGCGGGGCCUUGAUAAGAGAAAUAAACAAGGACCAACAUUAUUUCAGGGAGGUCUAAGAUCAGCUGGUUUAAGUUUUCAAUUACUUCAUUAUUCAAUAUAUUUUAAUGGAGAUGUACAAAAAAAAUUCAUGAGUAUAAAACAAAGGCACAGCAGAGAGGGGUAAUUAUAGGAUUCACGUUAUUGUCUUAUUUUAGUUCAGACAAAUAUAAAACAUGGAUCACGUGAUGUUUCCGUCUAACCCACUGGGUUACGGCAAAAGCCCAAUUAGUUUACCACCUCUAGUCGAAGGGUAAAGCUGUAAUUCUAUAGAGUCCUUUUUUUUUUUUUUUUUUAUCAUUUUCGAGACCCAGACAAAUAAGAGAGGGAUCGAGAAGGGAAAAGGAAACUACGCUGCAGAGAAAAGGGAAGAGAAAAUUUUCUCAGAUCCAGUCCGUUUCUCUGCAAAAUCGAACACGAGAAGAUGACUACCUUCAGCGGCGAUGAGACUGCUCCAUUCUUCGGCUUCCUCGGCGCUGCUGCCGCCCUUGUUUUCUCCUGUAUGGGAGCUGCAUAUGGAACCGCAAAGAGCGGGGUUGGUGUGGCCUCCAUGGGUGUGAUGAGACCGGAGCUUGUUAUGAAGUCGAUCGUUCCAGUUGUUAUGGCCGGAGUGUUGGGUAUUUAUGGUUUGAUUAUUGCUGUUAUCAUUAGUACUGGUAUUAACCCUAAGGCCAAAUCCUAUUAUCUUUUUGAUGGUUACGCACACCUUUCUUCUGGUCUGGCUUGCGGCCUCGCUGGCCUUUCUGCUGGAAUGGCCAUUGGGAUAGUCGGUGAUGCUGGUGUGAGAGCCAAUGCUCAGCAGCCAAAGCUUUUCGUUGGAAUGAUCCUCAUUCUCAUCUUUGCUGAAGCUCUUGCCCUGUAUGGACUUAUUGUUGGCAUCAUCCUAUCUUCUCGAGCUGGUCAAUCAAGAGCUGAAUAGAGGAAGGCGCUCUGGUCGGUGGUUGUGGGGUUGUUGCUGCCCUUUAAGAAUUAUUUUUGUGUUCUCUCUGGUUACAGAUGGUGGUUCUGCUCAGGAUGAAGUGCUGUUUUCUUCAAAAUUCUUAUAUGCGAGUGUGAUUGUGGAUCGAGCAGUAGAAUGUGGAAUUAGGAAUUAGUUUCUCGCUGGGCUCUGAAUAAGUUUUUAAGUUGUUUCUUUUUCAUUUAUCCAAUGAUGUAUUUUGCAGAUACCAGUUCGGAUUUGUUUAGAAACACUCGCAUGUACUAUUUUAUGAGAUUCCUGCUGCCUACAUUUUUCA